AUGAUAGUGGCAUUGUCAGCAAAAAAUAAGAUAGCUUUUAUAGAUGGAACAUGUUCUAAGCCUGCUGAUGAUGCUCCUGAAUUACGACUUUGGAAUAGAUGUAAUAAUAUGGUAAUGUCUUGGUUAACCAGCUCCCUAUCACCUGAAAUUGCCGAGAGUGUUCAAUAUUCUGAAACAGCCGAAAGCAUUUGGAACCAACUUGAAAAACGAUAUGGAACUGUAAAUGGAACCAAAGUUUUUGAGAUUAAAAAAGAGUUAGCCUCUACUUGUCAAGGGUCUCUUGAUAUAGCAUCAUACUUUAACAAAUUAAAGAAGUUGUGGAAUGAGUUGGCUUUCAUCCGAAAGAAUCGUGUGAGUUCGUGUAAUUGUGCUGCUAAAUCUGGUUUACAACAGGAGUUAGAGGAAGACAAGGUAUACCAAUUUUUAAUGGGGCUCAAUGAAACUUAUGUUGGUAUUAGGGGUAAUCUUCUUAUGAUGCAACCACUACCUUCACAUGAUACUGUUUACAAUAUCUUACUCCAAGAUGAGAGUCAAAGACAUGUGAAUUCUACUCCUCAAUUCAAUUCAGAGUCAGCCUCCUUCAAUGCAAAUGCUAGUCACUUUCCUAAGCCUCUUCUUCCACCACCAAAACAACAAUACAACCAAAGGGUAGCUUUUGACCAGAAGAUGCAUGUUGAUCAGACCAGGGGUUCUUUAUUCUGCAGAUACUGCAAAAAACCUGGACAUUUGAUUGACAAAUGUUAUAAACUUCAUGGUUUUCCCUCUAAUUUCAAAUUCACUAAGAGUAGAAGAACUGCAGCAAAUGCAACAAAUGUUACUACUGAACCUGAGUCUUCUGAUGGUGGAUAUUAUAACAUUGCUGGUUCUUAUCAUUCUGGUGUCUCUAGUUCUCCUGAGCACGUUCCGUGA